UCCCUCGCUGUAUCAAGUGAUUCAUAUAACGCGCGCAAUAAUAUGGAAAUAUGGCGGCCAUCGAAGUAUCUUCGUAAUAUCGAUUCUCGACCUAACCUCACUUCAGUCUCCGCUAGGUGCGCACAGAGUUAGUGUCGCUUUGUAGUGGUAGAGGAAACGAAGUAACUGAGAGUAAGACAGAGCGACGGACAGGUGUUUCUUGCGCUGUUAAUAAUUUCUUUCUCGAAAGUUCGGGACUCCUGUAAAACUAUAAAAAUCAUCUGUAAUAUCUGUAAAUAGAACGGUACUAUUACGAGUUGACUUGUUUAAUCUAGAAGUGCGCACGCGCCGCUUUCCCCUCGCUCUCACAAUAUACUCCGCGCGUAACCGCCGCCAUAGUUGAUAUUUCUCCGAUAGAAUAUUAAUAGCAGCAGUAAGUUUUCGCGGUUAAACGUAUUUUUAUUUACUUGACUGAGGAAAACAAGAAUGCGUUCGACGAGGGCGGUGAGACGAGGUCAUUCAAGAUAAAGCCUGGGAUCCGUAGGAAGAAGGAGGGUGUCUACUUUCACAGCUCGUGGUUUUUAGGAGAGUGGCCUGGCAUCACGGCGCUUCGAGUUAACGUGUGGCCACCGUUGAGUGGCUAUGUACCGUUAGCUCGAAUUCAUUCCCCGUUGGCCGGCCCAAGACCCACGCUUACCUACCGACCGGGGGCCAUACUCGAUCGAGCUCGACUGUCGUAUACCCGGAAAUGAGUGCGCGUCGCGGCUUGUGCCGUUAACGCAAGAAGACUGCCAGUAGUGCGCGAAUUUAUCACGAGUCACGACUCGUCACGAUCAUCUUGAAAGACCCACGUACAAUUUCGACGUACGUCUCUCUUUUUCUCUCUUUCUGUCUCUUUCUCUCUUUCUGUCUCGUAUGACGUGUGCACCGUAAGCAAAGUAGCCGUGGCUAGCCAAGAGAGCCGUGGCACAGCGGCGAAUGUAUACGUAGAAAUGAGAAAGUUGCUGCCGCCACGGUGAAGAUUGAGAACGACGCAGGCGAGCCAGCCAGGCGGACGGUCUCUGUACUACGCGAAGCUUCCGACGCGGCGACAGUAGUAGCAGUACAACGUUUGGAGUGCACAAGGGAGAGACACAGCUGCUUGUGGAUUUAAUUAUCGUGAAAGAUGAAUUUCACGCCCUUUCCCGGGUUUACAACAGGCUCGCUACCGACGGGCACAGUUCAUCAGUUUGCAACCGCUAAAUUCGCGCAAAACCUACCCACUGGUGGUCAAGUGGUUGGCGUUUUAUCCGGUGGCGAAGGUGGAGUCCAUUAUCUGAGGCCGGUCGAUCCAAACGGGUUCGCGGUGGCUCAAGGGGGUAACAAUCAGCAGCAGCAAAUUAUCACGCUGCCAAUUACCGUACCUGGAAAAGAUGGCACGCAACAGCAGCAAAUCCAAAUCCAGGUGGUCAAUCCCAACGUCUCGCAAAGUGGAAACAGCGGUGAUCAACCCAAGUAUCAUUUGGCGCCAAUAUCUUUGGGACAGUUCCCCCAAGGUGCCGCAACAGUUCUUACCGUUGCAUAUAGUCAACAAGGCGCAGAUGGGGUACAAAUUCAAGUUCAACCACAAAACACCGUGGCUACGACGCAAACGUCUGAUCAAACAACCCAAAGUACAUCCACAGCAGUCACCACUACGUCCCAACAAACUAUUCAACAGACAGUACAGCUACCAGGGGCACCUGAAGGAUUAACCGUCGUCGCACAGAUCCCGCAAGAUUUAAUUUUACGCGAAGGCAUGGAAGAGUCGAAGGAAGAUGUGAAGGAAGGUACGACACCGGUCGCUCUCAUUAAGAGAGGUAACAUUAAGAAUCAGGGGAAUCAAAGUGGAGAGGAAUAUAUUACAUCUAUGCCUGCGAGUUGGCAAAGUCUGGCAACCCCAGGGUCAACCGUGGCUGAUUAUCUCUCUAGAUUGCCUGCUAGUACCUUGCCUCUUAGUUUGCAGCACUUUUUGAAAUUUUCGGCAGAAACGAUAAAGAGAGAAGCCACUAUCGAGUCGAGUCCUCUAGGAGCUGAUGGGUUAGACGCAUCUGGAAGUACUGCGUCCGGUGAACAAGCAGUACAGAUUACCGUGGCAAGCGGUGAAACCGCUAUUAUUCCCGAUGUCGUUGAGGAACAAGAAUCUGGUACAAAACCUAAGAGAAAAAAGAAGUAUAAGAAAAAGCCUCCAAAGCCAAAAAAGCCAAAACCAGGUCAAGUGAGCAUAGUUACUGCUCUUGAUGGAACAACGCUAUUCUGUUGUCCUCAGUGUAACAUGGCUUAUCCCGAAAAGGAACUCUUGGAACAACAUCUUAUCGGGCAUAAGAUAGAAAGAAGGUUUAUUUGUGACAUUUGUGGUGCAGGUUUGAAACGUAAAGAACAUUUAGAACGGCACAAAUUGGGCCACAAUCCGGAUAGGCCUUUCAUUUGUUCAGUUUGUAUGAAAGGUUUUAAACGAAAAGAGCACUUGAAUCUUCAUUUUGUUAUACAUUCUGGACAGAAAACAGAGGUUUGUACUGAAUGCGGUAAAGCAUUCUAUCGCAAAGAUCACUUGAGAAAACAUGCUAGAUCCCAUUUGGCAAAACGUAUCAAAGAAGAUCCUUCGAAUAUUGCUGAUACUUCCCAAAAUUCACAACAAACGGAACAACAACAACAGGCAGAACAAUUGCAACAGCAAGCAGACCAAUUGCAGCAACAAUCUUCGGUAUCUGAAUUGCAGCAAAUUCAAAUACAAGUCGGUCAAGGAUCUCAGGCGCAGAUUCAUCAGAUAGCUGUUAGUGAACAGUCAACGGUUGUUCUUCCAACUGCCGCGGAAACUGGUGCAAUGGCUAUGCUCCAUCAUCAACAACAACAACAGCAGCAACAGCAGCAGCAGCAGCAGCAACAACAGCAGCAGCAGCCGCAGCAGCAGCAGCAGCAGCAGCAUUAGCAGCAGCAUACCGCCCCGAGUCAGCCUGGGCGGUUCUUUCGAUUUAAUCAUCACCAAGCUAGAGGUCGUGCAAGGCAAGGUGUUCUUGCCGAUUGAAUUCUAUAAUCUCAUAGUCAAAUUGGUAUUGUGUUGAAAAAAAUUCGUUGAUGCUGAUUAUCGUUGCCUGGUAGAGUGGUGUUACAAAAUUGAGACAUUCGCUGUAUCUUUAAAUAAAGAUACUUUUACUAACGA